AUGGCUACCCCUCUCACAACUGCACUUCAACCUGAAGAAACAUCUUUUAUCACUUUUCCGCCACCUCCCGAUUCCCCCCAACCCCCUGCUGCAUCUGAGGAGCCUAACACGGAAGAUCGCCCAUCUGGUGCCGCUGAUGCAGUCCUCAAACCGUCCGAUCCAAUCCCUGAGUCAUGGACUACUCGUGAAGUCAAAGGCAUUGACUUCAACAACUUCAAGGGCCGCCAUGUAACGAUCUCGGACCUAAUCACAGGCAUGGAAACUAUCGGUUUUCAGGGCUCAAAUCUUGCACGAGCGUGUAAGGUUGUUGACACGAUGCGUACCUACCGUUCCCCAGAGACUGGAAAAGGAGCUACUAUUUUCUUGGGAUAUACCAGCAACUUGAUCUCCUCUGGUCUUCGUGAGACGCUCCGGUACUUGGUUGAACACAAACAUGUUUCGGCCAUUGUGACCACAGCAGGAGGGGUUGAGGAGGAUUUCAUUAAAUGCCUCGCAUCUACAUAUAUGGGUGCCUUCAAUCUUGAUGGUGCUACCCUGCGUAAGAAGGGCCUGAAUCGCAUUGGUAAUCUUAUCGUUCCGAACAACAACUACUGUCUCUUCGAAGAUUGGGUCGUCCCUGUCCUCGACUCCAUGCUUGAAGAGCAGGAGGCGGAUCCUGAAUGUAUCUGGACUCCGUCAAAGAUGAUAGCACGCUUAGGAAAGGAAAUUAACGAUGAAAGAAGUGUCUAUUACUGGGCUUGGAAGAAUGAUAUUCCGGUUUUCUGUCCUGCCCUAACUGAUGGGAGUCUUGGAGAUAUGCUGUAUUUCCACACAUACAAAAGCUCUCCAAAACAGUUGAAAUGUGAUAUUGUCGGUGAUAUCAGAAAGAUUAACUCGCUUUCUGUUCGUGCCGAGAAGGUCGGCGCGAUGAUCUUGGGAGGAGGCAUUGUGAAACAUCAUAUUGCCAAUGCUUGCCUGAUGAGAAAUGGAGCGGAGUAUGCUGUAUUUAUCAAUACAGCAAGUGAGUUUGAUGGCUCCGACGCUGGGGCAAGGCCAGAUGAGGCGGUCAGUUGGGGAAAGAUUAAGAUGGAUGGAGAGGCAGUUAAAGUGUACGCUGAGGCCACCAUUGCAUUCCCUAUGAUUGUCGCUGCGACCUUUGCUAGACCGUCUGAACCUGAGCCCGAGAUAAAGAAGGAGGACAAGGAUGAGAAUUCAGCGGUUGCGUUUAACUCCUAG